AUGGAUAUCACCGUGUCGGAACUGAUGGCAAACUUCUUGGAUUCGCCGCUGGUGGUUUGGGUGAAAACGCUGGGACCUCUCGGUGGCGGAUCAGAGGACAAGCUCUCCAUGUUCAUGGACCUGGUGGACGGGGUCUUCCUGCAUAAGAUCAUGACACAGAUUGACCCAAGUCCCACUAACCAGCGAGUGAACAAGCACGUCAACAACGACACCAACCUGCGCGCGCAGAACCUCAACAUCAUCAUCAGACACAUCAAGAACUACUACCAGGAGACCCUGCAGCAGCUGGUCGUCAUGAACCUGCCCAACGUGCUCACCAUCAGCAAGGACCCCCUGUCAGCAAAAAGCAUGGAGGAGAUGAAUCGAUUGCUGCUUCUGAUGCUCGGCUGUGCUGUUCAGUGUGAACGAAAGCAGGAGUUCAUCGAGAAGAUUAAGCUGCUGGACAUCGAGACCCAGGCCGCCAUCGUCACACACAUUCAGGAGGUCACCCACAACCCAGAGAACGUGCUGGAGCUGCAGUGGCUGGAGGUGGCCGACCUCCCGGCCGAGGAGCUGGACUCGCUCUCUCGCAGCAUGGCCGUCCACCUGCGCAGACUCGUGGACGAACGGGACGAAUGCGCUGAGGUGAUUUUGGAGCUGACCCAGGAGCGGGACUACCUGCAGUCUCAGCAUCCCCCCGGCCCGGUACAGCCCUCCAGCCCCGAGCGCCCCGCCCAGGGUGGCCCCGCCCCCGUCCUGAGCAAGGAGGAGCGGCAGCACCUGGCCGUGGAGCUGGCCGACAGCAAGGCCAAGCUGCGCCGCUCGCGCCAGGAGCUGGAGGAGAAGACGGAACAGCUGAUCGAUGCCAAGAACGAGAUCGAGAGGCUGGACCUGGAGGUGCAGAAGCUCAAGCAAGAGAGCAUGCAGCUGCUGGCGGAGGCGCGGUCGGCGCGGGCGUACCGCGACGAGCUGGACGCUCUGCGGGAGCGGGCGGGGCGGGUGGACCGGCUGGAAACAGAACUGACGCGCUGCAAGGAGAGGCUGCACGACGUUCACUUCUACAAAACCCGCGUGGAGGAGCUGCGGGAGGAUAACCUGACUCUGAUGGAGACGAAGGCCCUGCUGGAGGAGCAGCUGAGCGGGGCCCGGGGCCGCUGUGACAAACUGCACGAGCUGGAGAAGGAGAACCUGCAGCUGCGCUCCAAGCUGCACGACAUGGAGAUGGAGCGGGACGCAGACAAGAAGCGGGUGGAGGAGCUGCUGGAGGAGAACAUGAUGCUGGAGAUCUCCCAGAAGCAGAGCAUGAACGAGUCGGCCCACCUGGGCUGGGAGCUGGAGCAGCUGUCCAAGAGCAGCGACGGGGGAGAGACCCGCAAGUCCUUUGUGCUGGAGCUGAACGAGUCUGCACAGAGCAGGCUGCUGAAGCUGGAGAAGGAGAACCAGGGCCUGCAGAGCAGGGUGGAGGAGCUGAGAGGGGCGGCCCUCAGCCUGGAGCAGGGCCAGCUGCGAGUGCUGGAGCUGGAGAAGGAGAACCAGGACCUCCACAAGAAGUUGGAGAAGCUCCAGACCCUGCUGGACCAGGAGAAGCAGACCACCCAGGACAUGGAGGCCCUGGGAGAGGAGCUGCUCAAGGAGAAACAGAAGCUGGAGAAAACACUGGAGGCAGCGCAGGCGGACAAGGACAGACAGGUCCUGGAACUGGAGCACCUGAACCAGGCGGUGGCGUCACUGCGGAAACGGGCGCAGGAGGACAGCGAGGCGCGGGUGCGGGAGGUGGAGCAGGAGAACCGCGUGCUGCACCAGACCAUCUCGGACACGGGCGGCAAGCUGGCGCAGGCGGAGACGGAGCGGCGGCAGGCCCUGAAGGAGGCGGAGCGCCUGCGGGAGCGGGCGGAGCGGGCGCGGGAGCUGGAGGCGGAGGUGUCCCGCCUGGAGCGCGGCGGCGAGCAGCUGCAGAAGCAGGUGGCGGCGCUGCGCAUCGCCUGCGACCGCACCGAGGCCCUGGAGCGCGACAACGCCGGGCUGGAGCGCGACAACCGGCAGCUGAAGAAGCUGGCGGACACGGCGCAGAACGCCGCGCUGCGGCUGGGCGCGCUGGAGGAGGACCGGCGCCAGCUCGACCAGGAGAACCUGGAGCUCCGCCGCACCCUGGAGGCGCUCAAGCCGGCCGCCGCCAAGCUGCCGCAGCUGGAAGCGGAGAAGGCAGAGCUGGAGCGCGAGCGGGAGGAGCUGGCCCGUGCCGCCGAGGAGCUCCGCCCGCUCGGCAAGAAGGCUGAGAGGCUGGAGCUCAGCUGCAGCACCCUGGACGCCGAGAACCGGCGGCUGCAGCAGUGCCUGGAGGGCGGCCGCGCCAAGGCCCAGGCCCUGGAGCAGGAGCUGCGGGAGGCAGAGGCCGAGGCCCAGGGGCUGCGCCGGGAGCUGGAGGAGCUGCGCAUCGCCGGGAAGCGGCUGGAGGGCGCGGAGGAGGAGCGCAGGGCGCUGGAGCAGGAGCUGGGCCAGUCGGAGAAGGAGAGGAAGCAGCUGGAGAAGGAGGCCCGCAGGCUCCGGCAGCAGCUGGAGGUGAAGGAGGCGGCGCUGGACGAGAGCGCGCUGCGUCUGGCCGGCCUGGAGAAGGAGGCCGGCGCCACGAACAAGGAGCUGAGCCGGCUGAAGGAGGCCGCGGGAAAGCUGAAGGAGCUGGAGUGGGAGAACAAGGAGCUGCAGAAGCAGGCCACCAUCGACAAGAGGACCCUGGCCACGCUCAGAGAGGACCUGGUGAAUGAGAAGCUGAAGGUGCAGCAGCAGUGGAAUGACCUGGAGAAGCUGAACCACGAGCUGGAGAAGAUCGGCCUGAACCGCGAGAAGCUGCUGCAGGAGGAGCACAGCAGCGAGGACAACAAGUACAAGAUCCUGGAGUCGAAGAUCGAGUCGACGCUGAAGAAGACUCUGGAGAUCCGAGAGGAGAAGAUCCAGAGCCUGGAGUCUCGCCUGGCAGAGUCCAGCAACUUGAACAAACAGCUCCACACUGAGCUCACUUCUGUGAAGAGGAGCCUGGAGGCCCUGCGGCAGAGGCAGGAGGAGCAGGAGGCGCACUCCCAGAAUGCUCAGCAGAGCCAGCCGAGGAGGGCGCGGGAGAGCAGCGAGGCCGAGCAGAGGGAGGCCACCGCCCAGCUGCUGAAGCUCAAGGACCGCCUCAUCGACAUCGAGAAGAACAACGCGGCGCUGCAGACGGAGAAGCAGCUGCAGAAGGAGCAGCUGCGGCAGCUGGACACGCAGAACACGCAGCUGAAUGCGCAGAUCCUGGUCCUGCAGAAGCAGGCCUCCGCCCUGCAGGAGCACAACACCGCCCUGCACACGCAGGCCGCCAAGCUGCAGGUGGAGAGCUCGACGCUGAGCUCGCAGAGCGCCUCGCUGAUGGCGCAGAACGCCACGCUGCAGGGCCAGGUGCAGACGCUGGAGAGCGAGGCGGAGGCGCUGCAGGGCCGCUGGGAGGAGGCGCGGGCGGCGCGCGAGAGCGUGCUGCAGGACCACGAGCGGCUGCUGGCCGUGCACGAGCGGCAGGCCGCCGAGUACGAGCAGCUCAUCGCCCAGCACACCGCCCUGAAGAGCAGCCACCGCGGCCUGGAGCAGGAGCACCGCGCGCUGGAGAGCAAGUACGCAGUGCUGCUGAUGCAGAAGGCUGCUCUGGAGAAUCUGGAGGGCACCCUGCGCAAAGAGAGGGAGAACCUGGGGGAGGAGAUCCACAAAAACGGCCUCAUCCUGGGGGAGAACCAGAGCCUGAGGGGAGAGCUGGACAGGCUGACGCAGACGCACGAGCAGCUGAGGCAGGAGUAUGACAGGCUCCAGCUGCAGACCAAGGAGCUGAAGACGUCGCUGAACGAGUCGCAGCUGGAGCUGAACCGCUGGCAGGCCCGCUACGACCAGCUAAAGGAGCAGAACCAGGGCCUGGACAUCUCCCUCACCAAGCUGGACAACCACUGCGAGCUGCUGACCCGUCUGAAGGGGAACCUCGAGGAGGAGAACCACCACCUGCUGAGUCAGAUCCAGAUGCUCAGCCAGCAGAACCAGACCCUGCUGGAGACCACCAUGGAGAGCAAGGAGCUGUACCACGAGGAGCAGAAGCAGUACAUUGAUAAGCUGAACACCCUGCGGCGCCAGAAAGAAAAACUGGAAGAGAAGAUAAUGGAUCAGUACAAGUUCUACGAUCCAACUCCCAAAAAACGGAACCACUGGGUGGGCGCGAAAGCCCUGGCCAAAUUCAUCAAGCCAAAGAGGGAGAGUGCCCGCGAGCGAAUCCGCAGCGCCCCGGAAACGUCCCGGCCCACGUCGCCCAUCGAGUGCCCCGACCCCGCGCCCCCGCUGCCGUCCCGGCAGGCCCGCCCCAGUUUGGACUCCAUGGGCGUUCACUCGCUGGAGGAGAACCACUCCCACACCUUCCCCCUCACCCCAUCGUACACCACCAAAGCCCGCAAUGAGAGCGCCGGUCCGAGGGGAAGGGACAUGGCCCGGACACCAGGGGGCAGCAGCGAGACCGUGAACGGAGCCGAGGAGCUCCACGCCAGACGGAGGGGCGUUGAGCCGGGGGCCUCGCCCUAUUCACCCUCACCCAUCCCCCCCACCGGCAGUACCAACUCUACCCCCAGCCACACUCCCAACUCAAGCACCAGGCACGGCCACAGACCCAAAGGCUUAAACCCAGACGAGGACCCGCGGCGGCAGUCCCCAGACACCGCGUUUGUGAGCGGUGGUGUCCAUGGAAACACAGGGCACCGGCCCAACUCUACUGAGCUCAGCCGCAGCACCUCCAGCAGUGACUCUCCUGUCCACUCGAAAGGCUCACUGGAGCGUCUGGACGCCCUCAUGCCAGGGCAUGGGGCGCGUGAUGUCCUGCUGUCCCACAGCUCCCCGCUCCCCUCCGACACCCCCCCCCUGCGCGGCGGGCCCCGCCCGGGCCGGCGACGCCCUUCGUCCCCGGGCAGCGAGAUGGUCACCCUGGAGGAGUUCCUGGAGGAGAGCAACACUCUCUCUCCCCCUACUGUGCAGACCAGCAGUCAUGAGGAUCUGCUGACCGACUACUUCAACAAAGUGGGCGAGUGGCCCGGGGCCGGCCGUCCCACCCCUCUAAGAGACGGAGCCAAGACUCCCACCAGCUACGUCACACCCACGGUGAAGGCCCCGCCCCCUGGAGACCCCCGCGCUCUCAAACCGGGGCAGAGCGUCAAACCCAGCGUGCGCCUGCCAGAGGCAGCCCCGCCCACAGGCCACACCCAAACGCUGCCUGUGCGGGGAGGUGGCGGGGGCGGGGGCCGGCCCCCUCCACUGCACACCGCGGGCUCCAGGGCCGUCAAAAGCGGCCUUAGCCGAACCUUCAGCCUGGCAUCGGCUGACCUGCUGCGCUCCAACGGUCCCGACAGCUACCGCGAGGGGGGCUCGCCCUGGCCUGGGGGGGACCAGGCGGACGGGGCGGUGGUGAGGAGGGCAGGGGCGGGGCCUCGAGAGAGGCCGCAGUCCGCCAUCCUCGCCGGGUCCUUGCCCCAAGCAGGGGACGCAGUCCACCAGAGCCUGGCCAGGCUGUCCCAUGUCCCGCCCAGAGAGGAGCACCUGCCCCCCCCACAGCACCACUCCUCCUCCCUGUCCCUGUCUGCCAGCCCGGGCGCCAAGGAUCGCUACGGCGGCAGGCGGACGGGAACCCCGCGGGACAGCCAGCCCCAGGGCCGGCCCGCAUCCCAGCACCGCGGCGAGGUCGCCAUGGUGACGCCAGUUCGGGCAGUGCCGGCCCAGAGGCAGGAGGAGAAGGAAGAGCCGGCGGAGGCCGCACCGGCCGAGUCCCCGCAGAUGAAGAAGUGGGAGGGGGGCGGGGGCAACUGCGGGGGCGAGGAGCCCCCCAAGAGCACCCCCGCCUCCCCUGACCCCAACAACGACCCCCAGACUGUGUGGUAUGAGUACGGGUGUGUGUAGACAGUGGGUCUGCGCAUCAGCAGUGAGUGCGGUGCUUAGCAACGGUGGGGGUCCACCACCUCACUGUGGGGAAACUUCUAACUUCAUGACGCUGUGCCCAAAGAACUGUACCUGUCAGACCUCACACGCAGCAGGCAAAGGCAUGGAAUCUGUUUGGUUGCUCGUAGGAGGUCCUGCCCGCUAGCUUAGAUGAAGUCUGUGUUAGUUUUCACUGCUUCCUAAAGGUUUCGUCUGAAGCGCUUCUCCUCAAGGAAGAGUCCCCACACCUUCAGCUCAGUGCCCAGCAGCGCCCUCUCUGUGACUGUCUGUUCAUCACUUGGUCUAACACUGCGGGUUUGGUGCGGUUUGUGAAUGAACGUCUCGAGAGAAGAGAACGCUUGAGACCAAACUGGAGAGGGUUACUCCGUCAGUCAGUCCUUUCCCGCCCCUUUGCCUCUAGCGGUGCUCGUCCGGCCAAGUUCUAUUCUGAAUCAGAAAAACAAAAGUUUGGGAAAGGGAGAAGGGGGACCACUCCCAUUGCAAUUACAGCGUAAUUACAGCCUCCAUUGUGGAGACCAAGGACAGCGGUUGUCUAUCUCUUCGGUCACAGAUUACUGGAAAUGGUUCCUCUUUCUGGACGCCUCUCGUGUUUUCUUUUCUUGCCGUUUCCUUUGCGGGUGACCUCCGUUUGCUCAGCCACGGGCAGGGUUAAGUGCAGGCUUAUGAGGGAAUGUGUAAUCCAUGCCCCCUCUGUUGAAACCAGCAGAGAAGAUGGUUCCAGUAAAAAAAAAAAAAGAGGACGAAAAGCGUGCAGGAUCCUGUUUCCACACGCGUCUGCUCCCCACCCGGCCCUCGUCCCUUCAUCUCCCCGGCGACGCCGACCCGCGUUGAAUGUUGCGCAAAAGGAUCUGUCUGUUCUCUCUGUAAAUUCAACAGAUGUUUUCCGAAAUGCAUUCUUAAAGCACUAAAGUAUGUAAUGAAGUAGACAUGAGUUUGAACACUGAGUGCGUUUUUUAGCAGAUUGCGUUUACUGUAUGUCCUGUAACGCAUCCUUUUCAGUUAUUAUUUUUCACCCC